AUGGUGAGGAAGGGUGUUGCGACGACGACUCCUGCAUCGCCAAACGUCACAUACACCAUCAGCUCCCUCCACAGCAGCAAGAAUAGCAGCAGCCGUCGACCCAGUAGCGAGCACAAGCGCCAGAAUCCACCACCAAAUGAAUCACUUGCGACCAAGGCAAUCAACACCCAUCGUCCCAUCCAGGUGGCACGAAAGAACGAUCUGACAUCUGGAAUGGACGAGGUGGCCUUGGCCAAAACAACAUCGUCUCAGGACAUUCCACUUGCCACGACCUACGUAGGUGGCAAGCUGGAGAAGCACGGAUCGCUGCGAGACGUCCAAAAUACUGUGGAUCGCUCCAGUCAGCCCCAAAUGUCCAAUGCAUGGGUGCUGGAAAAGCAAAACAUUACAAAACCGCAGGUGCGAGCGGACCCAAAGCCAAGGCUGGGCUUGAGCAACUCACCGCCAAAGGCCCGGCUCCCAGACGAGUCCUCGUCGCCCUCGAAGGCCACCCCUUGGUGGAGCAACUCUAAUUCACAGUCGACGCAGCAGCCCCACGUACCGAAGUCCACUGGGCACACUCGGAGUUUGAUUGUCCAUUCCGACAACACUGUCGAGGACAUAGAGCGAUGGAGUGGGGCCAAGUGGGACAAAGACAAGGGAUUCGUCAAGAUGACGCAGCACCAUCCACUCCCACGGUCAACAAGUAGCACACGUGGACCUGAGAUGGUCAGCCACGAGCUUGCGUCAGCUACCAUUGGAAAGGCCAAGCGGCACGAUUCCCACGGUCGCCAACUAGCACACGUGGGCCUGAGACGGUCAGCCAUGAGCCUGCCUCAGCUACCAUUCGAAAAGCCAAGCAGCAUGGCAGUCGAGGAGUUGGGGCCAGGCACCACCGUGUCGCCAGCUGCAGAACUACAGAGGCAUAUUCGCAGCCGCAUACACCGUGGGUAUAACGACCAGUGA